GGCACCCACCAGGCUAAUCAAAAGCGACAAAUGAUAUAUACAACCACAACCUCGUUCUCUGAUCUCUUUCCAUCUUCCCCUGCCAAAUAUUUACAUCCACCAGGAAAAGUUUACCAUUCGCUGGGAUCACUUUGCCAUCUACGUUGGUGACGACAAAAGUCCGGUGGAUUUUCCUGCAGCCUGACCUCACAUGUCAAAAGGCGAGGCUACCACGCGUAACCACUUCAAUUAAGUAAACACUACCUAACUAAAAUACUCCAUCUUUGCCGUCAAGGCCAGGCAAUUUUUUCCCUCUCUUUCAAUCCAGUCUCCACCAGCAAAUCUUUUUCGUCGACAUUUACAUAUCUCUCUCUCAUAUCUCGCUAUCCUAUUCUUGACAUCCCUACAAUCGAAAAAAAACAAAAAGUAAUCAGCAACCAUGCCUUUAUCAAUGAUGCAACCACUCAGCAGGCCGCCUUCACGUGAUAUCGCAACACGCCCUUCUCCCACUCGGAGAUUAUCACGCGAAGUCACAUAUCAAUUGGCCGACACGGCACGACGAAAGUCUUCGGACAAAAUAGUCCGAGAGGACCUCCGACUCAAACUCAGCCACGACCAUCUUUUGGAGUUAUUAUUGCAAGACAUUGCCCGGACGGAACGAGAACUGCAAAUGUCACCGACAGACGAGAAGUACUUGCUGGAGGAGGAGAGGAAGCUUCCGUCAAGGGAGGAGCAAAGACGGAGAUCUUCCUCCGGGCCUCAGUACGACGAGUACGGCUUCCCACUCGAUGAGGGAGACGGCGAGGAGGAUCUAGGUGGAUUGAUGUUGAUGAGGACCGAGUCAAAGCGGCCGAGGAGGUGAAAUCUUGCACACUGAAACAAUCAUUUCACCAAUGACCUGGACGACGACGACGACUCCGAACUCACGACUCACGACCUUGUUUUACUUUACGAUUUUUUUGCUUCAACCCGGUUUUUAUAUGAUACCCGAACUCGACAUUUGAGAUCGCAAAUUGAUUGAUGGGAUGGAUGGACGGAUGGAUGGGAUCCAUCACGCGAAGCCGAUGCUGUUCUUGAAAAAGGACAAAACUACGGCCAUAAGUACCUAUUGUUCGACGACAUGAGGUGCAUUGUCACUGCUGCGUCAAGGAGUUUUCCUGAGGAGGUCCAACAUGAGGAAGGGAGGAUUUCAAGCCAACGACGCGGGCUGGAAACACGACCCCAGAGACGACUGUUCGUGUUCGCCAGCCGGACAUAUUGAGAACAGAGGUCGUGACGCAGGCUAUUGGAUAAGCCUCGUGCUUUACACCUGUGUCACGUUCUCUGCGAUCAACUGUUUGCAUCUGGCUGAGCAUCUCAUUUCUUGGGGAGUUAACGACGACAGCCCUGUGGAUGUUUCUGGCGUGGAAAGGGAGGAAUGUUAUCAACAUCAUGGUUGCUAUUCUGCUAGUAUUCAACAAACAGAAACAGUGAAAUCAAAUAAAAAUUCUAUACCAAACA